CAGCUGUAGAGAAGAUGACUGAGUCAGACCAGAUAGAUCCACAUCACCCAGCCUUUGGGCUGAAGAGAGAUCUCAUACGUCUCCUCGCAAACAUGGUGUUCCAUCACAAAGUCAACCAGGACAAGGUUCGGGAACUGGAUGGUAUUGCUUUAAUCCUUGACCAGUCAAACAUGGAUGGAAAAAACCCUUUUAUCACACAGUGGGUUGUGCUGGCGAUUCGGAACCUGUGUGAGGACAACGCAGACAACAAGCAGUACCUGGCUGGGCUGAGACUGGAGGGACUCGCCAACAACGUCACGAUGCUCCAGGAGUUCGGGGUGAAGGCAGAGCUACAGGGGGACAAGAUCGUGGUCAGACGUCCUGAUGAGGAUGCUCAAGGAGAUAGGGGUGAAGGCGGAGCUUCAGGGGGACAAGAUCGUGGUCAGACGUCCUGAUGAGGAUGCUCCAGGAGAUAGGGGUGAAGGUGGAGCUUCAGGGGGACAAGAUUGGGGUGAAGGCAGAGCUACAGGGAGACAAGAUCGAGGUGAAGGCAGAGCUACAGGGAGACAAGAUCGGGGUGAAGGCAGAGCUACAGGGGGACAAGAUCGGGGUGAAGGCAGAGCUACAGGGGGACAAGAUCGGGGUGAAGGCAGAGCUACAGGGAGACAAGAUCGGGGUGAAGGCAGAGCUACAGGGGGACAAGAUCGGGGUGAAGGCAGAGCUACAGGGAGACAAGAUCGGGGUGAAGGCAGAGCUACAGGGGGACAAGAUCGGGGUGGAGGCAGAGCUACAGGGGGACAAGAUCGGGGUGGAGGCAGAGCUACAGGGGGACAAGAUCGGGGUGAAGGCAGAGCUACAGGGGGACAAGAUCGGGGUGAAGGCAGAGCUACAGGGGGACAAGAUCAGGGUGAAGGCAGAGCUUCAGGGGGACAAGAUCGGGGUGGAGGCAGAGCUACAGGGAGACAAGAUCGGGGUGAAGGCAGAGCUACAGGGGGACAAGAUCGGGGUGAAGGCAGAGCUACAGGGAGAGAAGAUCGGGGUGAAGGCAGAGCUUCAGGGGGACAAGAUCGGGGUGAAGGCGGAGCUACAGGGAGACAAGAUCGGGGUGAAGGCAGAGCUACAGGGAGACAAGAUGGGGGUGAAGGCAGAGCUACAGGGAGACAAGAUCGGGGUGCAGGCAGAGCUACAGGGAGACAAGAUCGGGGUGAAGGCAGAGCUACAGGGAGACAAGAUCGGGGUGAAGGCAGCGCUACAGGGGGACAUGAUCAGGGUGGAGGCAGAGCUACAGGGGGACAAGAUCGGGGUGAAGGCAGAGCUACAGGGAGACAAGAUCGGGGUGCAGGCAGAGCUACAGGGAGACAAGAUCGGGGUGAAGGCGGAGCUACAGGGAGACAAGAUCGGGGUGAAGGCAGAGCUACAGGGGGACAUGAUCAGGGUGGAGGCAGAGCUACAGGGGGACAAGAUCAGGGUGGAGGCAGAGCUACAUGGAGACAAGAUCGGGGUGAAGGCAGAGCUACAGGGGGACAAGAUCGGGGUGAAGGCAGAGCUACAGGGGGACAAGAUCGGGGUGAAGGCAGAGCUACAGGGAGACAAGAUCGGGGUGAAGGCAGAGCUACAGGGGGACAAGAUCGGGGUGAAGGCAGAGCUACAGGGGGACAAGAUCAGGGUGGAGGCAGAGCAACAGGGGGACAAGAUCGGGGUGAAGGCAGAGCUACAGGGAGACAAGAUCGGGGUGAAGGCAGAGCUACAGGGGGACAAGAUCGGGGUGAAGGCAGAGCUACAGGGGGACAAGAUCGGGGUGAAGGCAGAGCUACAGGGGGACAAGAUCGGGGUGAAGGUGGAGCUACAGGGGGACAAGAUCGGGGUGAAGGCAGAGCUACAGGGGGACAAGAUCAGGGUGGAGGCAGAGCUACAGGGGGACAAGAUCGGGGUGAAGGCAGAGCUACAGGGGGACAAGAUCGGGGUGAAGGCAGAGCUACAGGGAGACAAGAUCGGGGUGAAGGCAGAGCUUCAGGGGGACAAGAUCGGGGUUGAGGCAGAGCUACAGGGGGACAAGAUCGGGUGGAGGCAGAGCUUCAGGGGGACAAGAUCAGGGUGGAGGCAGAGCUACAGGGAGACAAGAUCGAGGUGAAGGCAGAGCUACAGGGGGACAAGAUCGGGGUGAAGGCAGAGCUACAGGGAGACAAGAUCGGGGUGAAGGCAGAGCUUCAGGGAGACAAGAUCGGGGUGAAGGCAGAGCUACAGGGAGACAAGAUCAGGGUGGAGGCAGAGCUACAGGGGGACAAGAUCAGGGUGAAGGCAGAGCUACAGGGAGACAAGAUCGUGCUCAGUCCUCCUGAUGAGCAUGCUCCAGGAGAUAGGGGUGAAGGCAGAGCUUCAGGGGGACAAGAUCAGGGUGGAGGCAGAGCUACAGGGGGACAAGAUCGGGGUGAAGGCAGAGCUACAGGGAGACAAGAUCGGGGUGAAGGCAGAGCUUCAGGGGGACAAGAUCGGGGUGAAGGCAGAGCUACAGGGAGACAAGAUCGUGCUCAGUCCUCCUGAUGAGCAUGCUCCAGGAGAUCGGGGUGGAGGCAGAGCUACAGGGAGACAAGAUCGUGGUCAGGCCUCCUGAUAUAGAUACAGAUAACUUGUAUUGUUUGUUUAAGCCGCACUCAGCAACAUUCCAGCUUUAUGACAGUGGUCUGUAAAUAAUGGAGAUUGGCCCAGACAAUCCACUGAUUGACCUCAUGAACAUCGAUCCAUGCAAUUGAGAUACAAUGACAUGCAUUAACCAAGUCAGCAAGCCUGACCACCCGAUGCUGUUAGUCGCAUGAGUUGCUGAAAAUCAGGACUGGCAGAUAAGACAGUAUUGGUUCUACAGAAUGUGAAACCUGCUUGUUACACUGAUGAUAAGGUGAUGUAAACAGGACUGUAACCCCCAUGCUUGGCAUUGAAUGCGAUUUGGUUAGGUGCUCACCACGAUGGUUGUUUUAGAGGAAUUCUGCACAACCGAUGCCCAUCAACAGAGACUGAAUGCAUACCUCUAUGGGUUGUUACACACAUUGAACAAUCCCUAUUCCCAACUUGAGAGAAGACUGUGGCUAUUGUAUUGUCAUCAUGUGCUGAAGAUGCCAUUCUUGCUGGCAGGAGCCUUAGGAGGACAAUAGUUGAUGUAAAAAUCUGAGAUGUCAAAUGUAGAAUUGUCAAUGAAAACAUAAUCUGCUGUCACAUUGCCGUGUGACCGAGAUGAAGCUGUAACAGUCAUGUAUUUGUAUUAUCCUAUCCCUCUCAACUGAUACUUCCUGUUAUGAAACAACAAUAAACAUUGAUAAUACAA